AUGUACGCCGAUACUCCUCGACGUUCGAGCCGUCGCCGUCCCGACCUCAACAUCGACACCUCACCUCCCACCGGUCACUCCAGGUCGCCUGUCGCAUCGCGAGAUCGAGAGUCUUCCGUCGGCCCGCCUGCUGUUCCCCAGACGCCGCCAAGCAACAGGAUCAAGCAGCCGCCGCCCACCUCUCUCUCCAAUCGCAAGGCCAGUUCCCGGGCGCUUAGGGGCCCCUCCGUCACUCGCCAUGCCGACGACUCCUUUCUAGACAACCCCGACUCUCCCGACAGCUUCGACAUGUCCUCGAACAAGGAGAACGAUAACCCAGACCCAUCUCGUCCCCGCGAUUCACACGACCUGUCGCUAUCCCCCCGCAAUGUUACACGCGACUCUCUCAUGACGAACAUGCUCAUAUCCCUCGACCAGUUCUCCAUGGGCGGCCCAGUAGGCGGUCAAUUCGGAAACGGGAGGAUAAACAUGUUUGAUGAACCCUCGCAACAAUACCCAUACGACACCGACGAUAAUAUGCCCAGGCCGGUACGUGGCGGCAGGGCAAACGGCCACGGAUACUCGUACAGCUCCGACUUUGACGCCGACGACGCGAGCAGGAUAUCUUCCAGAGGACGGAGGAGCAACAGCAGUUCCAACUUCCAGACCGGCCUACACCGCAUCAGCAGCAUGCGCGAGUCCAUGCGGAGCACACCCGGCACCCCGCGCCACAUGCAUUCUCGCGGGGGCAAGGGGAGCACCAAGAGCAGCAGCUCCAACAGUAUCGAUGCCGGCUACGCCCAGGUCCUGAGUAGCACGAGGUGGGCGUCUGGCUUCGGUGGGAGAUCCUCGAGCUUCGACUACGGCCACCGCCCGCCCGCUUUGCAGGCCACUCAGCAUCACCAACCCCAGCAUCAACCCCAGCACCAACCACAGCACCAGAACCAGGGACAAGCCCCCUGGCAUAUCGAAUUCUCCAACACCUUCUUCAACGACGACUACGACGCCGCCCCGACCCCGACCGUGCCUGGAGGACCCCGACGCAUCGUGCCCGUGACGCCUCCUACCGCGACGUAUCCCCGAUCUCCCGCGGCCGGGCCCGUGGCUGACGACGAAUUGGAACCCCCGGCCGUCAUUCUCGAGCGGAAACGAUCCAACAAAUCGACCAAGAGCACAGCUACGAGCCGCAAGGCAGAUACCAAAUCCGAUCACCCCCAUGAGGAGGUGCCGCCGCUACCCGCGUCCGCCUCCGCUCCCGCAGCUGCGCAUGUCCCCGCGUUCGAGAUUGACUCGGCACCCGCGCCACACGUGGGCUACGGCAAGACAAAAGAAAAAGAGGCGGUGCACGGAGCUCCGAUUCCGACACAAGCACCGUCACAAACAAAAGAAAAACCGGGGUUUUUCAGGCGAGUCUUUGGUUCGUCCAGAAACAAUGCUCCCAGUACCCCGUCCGAGACGCAAAAUUCCUCGGGCGUAACAUCCUCGACCUCUGUGGAUACCGUCGAUCAGAGGUCCGGCAAUCGAUCUCUCCACGUUGCCAACCAGAUGAAGCCAUCCACCUCCGCCCCGCCCUCGAGGGAUACAUCUUCGUCCCAUUCCCAUCAUCACGUGCUGCAGAAGAAACCGAGCUCUUUCUUCCGUCGCAGAAAGAAGUCUGUGUCCGCCGACGACGUUCCUCCUGUCCCGGCUCCCGCUGCUCUCGAGCCGCCCAUGCCCCCGCUGGUACCUCCCAUCCAGCUGCCCAUUACUAAGGACAAGCUUUCUGCGAAGCCCGAGCCCAGCCCAAUCAGUAGUUUGCGAAGGGUCAUGAACCCAUAUCUAAAAGGCAGCCCCCUGACGCCGAACACACCACUCACUCCUCAAUCUGCUCCUCCGCCAGCUGCUGAUUCCGACAUGGCGGCCGAUCGAGCUACCGCCUCGCAAGACGAGGCCGCAUCGGCAGAAGAGCACCCUCGCUCAUUCUCCCCCGAGUACGAUCCCAGCCCCAACGCACGCAUUCGAAAAGUCCGCUCCCGAUCCCGGGGCGAGGAUCGUUCGCCUUCCGACCACGAACGCCGCACCGACACUCCUACCCGACCGCCCCCAGAGCCUCCCGUAUCAAACGAGAGGAGGAACAACUCCUUCCUCGACAUCGACGGCAGCGACAACGAGGCAGACACGGAGUCCAAGCAGCGUGGUAAGACAAGGAAAGACAAGGGCCACAGGUCAGGCAAGACGGUCAAGGAUGCUUCCCCGUCGCGCAGGCCUUCCACCCGCAGGGAUGAUGCCACAAUCAGAGGAAGGAAGAACAACCGCCUCACCAUUGACACCACAGACUCUGACGAGGACGGCAACAAGUCGGGACUGAUCCUACCGAUCGAAGGCACUAGGUCUGCCAGUCGAGCUUCAGGAUCCACCACAACCGAGUACAAGUCUGCAGUCAGCGCGGCUCCGAGCGUCAGAGUCGAGAAUUCCGAGAGCAGCCCCAAGGUCCUGGGCACACUCGAGUCGAUGGGCGUGAAGACACUCGACGAGCCCGAGUUCGUCGUCGGAGACCCGACCGACGACGAUCGGCAAAAGGCCCAGAAGAUCUUUGACGGUAACGAGGACUUCAUUCAGAAGGAGAAGGCUGCCGCCUGGAUGGGCGAGGAGGGCCCUAUCCGGCAGAGAACCCUGCGCGCGUACAUGGAUCUCUACGACUUCACCAACAAGAGCAUUCUGCAGAGCCUUCGUCUGAUUUGUGAGCGCCUGGUCUUCAGAGCCGAGACGCAGCAAGUGGACCGUAUUCUGGUUGCCUUUUCCAAACGUUGGUGCGAGUGCAACACCAACCACGGGUUCAAGGCAUCUGACGUUAUUCACACAAUCUGCUAUUCGAUCAUGUUGCUCAACACUGAUUUGCAUCUGGCUGACAUCGACCAAAAGAUGACGCGGAGCCAGUUCGUGAAGAACACAAUGACCACGAUCACUCAGGCGGUGGCCGAGUCAGCUCCCGAGGCUUUUGAACGCCCAACCAUUUUGCCCGGCAAGACGAACAGCUCUCUCGGGGGCGAUGAUCCCAGACCGUCGGUCGAGGAGCGCUUCAUUUCCCGCCGAUUGUCGUUCCGCCCGCCGCCGAGAAACGAAGAGGGCUCAUCGGAGUUCCACGACGAGUGCGGGCCGCUGGUCAAGACGCCGUUCGACGGCACGAUGCGAGCCUGGGAGAGCCAGGUCGAAAUCGUGCUCAAGGACAUCUACGCCUCGAUCCGCGACGAACGCUUGCCGUUGUUUGGUGCGGACCCGUCCAAGAACCUGACGCCCACCACGAAUAGCCUGUCCGUCAUCGGCAUGCUGAAGCGAACGCCCAGCGUUCUGAAGCAGGUCACGACCUCGUAUGGGCAAUCCGGGAUUCUCUUCGUCGAGAACAAGCUUCGAGGACGGAAAUUCGAUUUGGAGCCCUACGGGUUCGUCGGCGACGUGGAGCAAGCUCUCGCUGGGGCGAACGCAAACCUCGAUUCCAUCGGAUUUGCCAACGCCCUUAGCCAGGCCAUCAUCCGUGACGAUGAAUCAUGUCUCGGCAAGGCUGCCUCGAUCAUGAGUGACGAACUGAAGAGCGCGCAGCUCCUCGAAGACGAGUCCCUCGAACUGGCCGGACCCCCGUGGGUAAAGGAGGGUAUCGUGACCCACAAGCACCAUCUGGACGGUAUUGACAAGAAGGCAAAGGACAGGCACUGGAACGAGGUGUUUGCCGUCAUCCAAAAGGGCCAGAUGAGUAUCUUCUCAUUCGGCACGGCCAAGUCCUCGGUCGGACGCAAGGGUCGCGGCCGCAACGCAUCCAAGGGCCCGGCCAUUGUUGGAGGGGGAAACUGGCAGGAGAAUGCUACUAACCUGGGCACGUUCAGUCUUCGGCAGACUUUGGCAUCGGCCUUGCCGCCGCCCGGCUACUCGAGAGCUCGACCCCACGUCUGGGCGCUCAGCCUCCCCAGCGGAGCCGUUCACCUUUUCCAGGUCGGCACGCCCGAAAUCAGCAAAGAGUUUGUCACGACGGCCAACUACUGGAGUGCACGAUUGAGCACGCACCCGUUGGUCGGCGGCAUCAGCAACAUCGAGUACGGGUGGAGCGACACCAUCAUCAACAACGCCCUCGUCACGGCUAUCAACGAGCAGACGACGACGGGCCAAUCCCCCGGUCGCAGCUCGCGACCGGGAAGCAGCGCUGCCAACCCUCGGCCGAGCUUGUCGAACGGGACAUUCCGGUCUGGCUCGCUUGACCAGGGCUCGGGCGGGGCUUACUCGAACGGCCGCGGCGCCAAGCUGCCCGGGGACAGAAUCACCAUUUCCGAUUGGGCACCUCCCGCGCAGAGCAUGAGACCCAGCAGCUUGUCCGAGGAGGAGCAGCUGGAGAGCCUCGGGGCGUACGUCAAGGGCAUAGAGGACGAGCUGCAAACGCACAACCAGCUGCGCAGCCCGAUGCUCCUUGCCUUCACGCCACGCAACGCCAAUGCCAACAAGGCCAUGGCCAACUGGGAACGCAAGAGCGCCUACCUACUGCGCGAGAUUGUCAAGUUCCGCACCUACGUGGACUGUCUGCAGCAGGCGACGCUGCGCAAGAACGAGAUUUACUCGGAGAGAGACCUGGCCAGGCGGGCAGCAAGGGGAGAGCUGGACGAAGGGGAGAUUGAGUUCGACGCGUCGCACGACGCCGCGAUCCGGACUUAG